AUGGCCAUGUCGGGAAACGUCUCGGUCAUUCCCGAGAGCCGUCUCUUCGCGAGUGAACCUGAUCCUCGAUGGUUUGGAAACCCUCGCAAUCCAGCUGAUGUGAAAGCACAGGGGUGGACCAAUGAGAACUGGCUGAAGUCCAGGUUUCACUUCAACUUCGCCGAGUACAGCGAGGGCCCCAGCAGUUUCGGGGUGCUUCGGGUGAUGAACGACGACUUGGUGCAGGGAGAGAGGGGUUUUGGUGAACAUCCUCACAGGGAUAUGGAGAUCAUGACCUUCAUCGUAGAUGGCUACUUGACCCAUAAGGACUCCAUGGGCACCGAGGAGACCUUGGGCCGGGGCAGCGUGCAGUUCAUGACCGCCGGCACCGGGAUUUACCACUCGGAGCACAACCUUUCGAAGGAGCCCCUGCGCUUCAUCCAGUGUUGGGUCGUCCCGCGGUCUCGAGGCUUAAAGCCCCACUACGGCUCCGCGGCGGGGAACGAAGAGCUGACGGGGGCACGAAGGGAUCAGUGGUGCCACUUGGUGUCCGAUGUCAUGGGAUCCAUGACGACGCCGGUGAAGAUCAAUCAAGAUUGCAAUGUCUUUGUGACGGAACUCUCAGCGGGCGUGGCAUCGAAAGCCUUGGCCAUUGGGAAGGAUCGGCAAGCUUACUUGCUUUGCAUGGAAGGAGAGAUCAAGCUUGCUGGACAGGAUUUGCAAAGGCAUGACGCAGCUGAAAUCAAGGGGCCUUUUGAGCUUGAAGUCUUGUCCGGAAAAUCAGGAGCAUACUUGCUGGUCUUUGAGAUGGCACUGACUCGAGAUGCUCCACAUGCCGCUCAUCGCCGCCAGGCGAGCCAUGAGCAAAUCUUGGAGAGAAUCCAUGGAAACCUCUAUAGCAUUGUCGGCGAGGCAGUGGAUGAGAUCAAGCUGGAGGAACAGAAAUGGAGCAAACCAGAAAUGGUCAAGAGAAUCGUAGGCUACAUCUUCAAGGCUGCCAAGGCCCCUGAAUUUCUUCAGAAGCAAUGGCAGGAGGUGUCGAAGACGUUGGUCCACAAUGCCAUGGGCAGUUACAUGGCAGCGUGUGGGGAGAAGCCUUGGUUCUACCAGCUGGGCCUUGGCAAUGCCUUCACUUCCGCCGUUUGGGAACUAGUACAAGCGCGAGGGGCAUCGCGAGUGCACUACCAAGAUGUACAGGAUUUCACAGUUCGGGAGUUUGAAAGCUACUUGGACAAGUCCUUGCUGACGAAGGCUGUUUGGGAUGCCACCGAGUUGACCUUUCCGAAGAAUGAGUUGAUCCGUGGAAAGGUGUUCAAAGCUGUCCACAACACCUACCACCCCGUCUUGGAGGAGCUCCUAGCAGACCGCAGACCUGCGGAUGAUGCCCGAAAAGUCGAAACCUUCACCAGACGGUGGAUGGAGAGUAGCAUGACAAGGGCGUGGUCUGCAAUAGAAGAUGCCGAGAACGUCCUGCAAGCUCAGACAGUUGUUCGGCUAUUCCAGAACCUCAUCGCGCCGUUCGGCGAGGGCCACGAAUACACAUGUAUUCCGAGCAUGCUCGUGGAGCAGAUUGGGAGACCGCCCAGGAAUUGGAAGUUUUUGAAGACGGCGGUUAACAAGAUGUUUGAAGACUGGAGGAAGGUGCAAGAUGCCUCCCAGCCAGCCAAACGAAGGAGAAAAGGAGGUGGUGUACCUGAACCAGCAGAACCAGUGGAACCAAGAAGUCCUCCUGCUCAAGAAGAAGAGGAGGUCGAUGUUCCAGAGGAGGAGGAGGAGAUGAAUCCUCCUGAAGAGGAGGAGCUUGGUGAACACGUCAAUGGAGUGAACGGCUCAGCCAAAGAUGAGGUUCUUGAAGAUGAGGAAGAAGAGGCGGAACUGAAGGAUUUGGAGAUGAACGAUGACGAACCCAACGGAGGAGACGAGGCACAAGUGGAAGACAACGGUCAUCCUGAGUGCACCUCAGCAAACGACUGCUUGGGAACUCCUGCGGACGGUUUAGUCAGACACAUGAUCGAGGGAGAGGAUGGGGACGUCUACUGUGAGGCCUGUUGGCACUCCUUCCUGUUCCACAACCCUGACCUGGAGGGGCAAUGGGAGGAUGGCGAUAUGGCGGGUACCGCAUACACGGCACCUGAUGCACCUGAUGCACCUGAUGCACCUGAUGAACCAGGAAGCAGCGGGCUUGCUUGGAAUGGUGCAGAUUGA